AUGGCCGCCAUCGCAUUUCCACAACAUGCCAAGAGCCUCACUCUAUCGACCGGUCAUCAGUACAGCUAUGUCCACGUCCCUGCAUUUGCCCCAACCAAGCCAACCGUGCUCUUCCUACACGGCUUUCCUUCAUCCUGCUAUGACUGGAGACAUCAAAUUGUGUACUUUCAAUCUCACGGCUACGGUAUCAUUGCACCGGAUCUCCUUGGAUACGGCGGGACCGGCAAGCCAACGUCCCCGGAGGAAUACAGGGCAAAGAAAAUGGCAGCAGAAAUAGUCGAAAUUCUCGAUCAUGAGCACUUGGGCCAAGCCCAUGCUGUCUCGCACGAUACUGGUAGUAUUCUGCUUUCACGGCUAGCCAAUUACUUUCCCCAGAGGCUUCUCUCGUGCACUUUUCUAUCGGUGCCGUACAGCAAACCUGGACAACACUUUGACCUUGACGCAGUGAACGCGAUGACGAAGAAUCUUUUCGGUAAAGAGCAGUUUGGAUAUUUGAAGUUGUUUGUGAGCCAAGGUGCUGGGGAAAUGAUAGAACAGCAUCAUGACUCGUUUGUCAACCUUUUCUAUCCGGGGGACCCUUCUUUGUGGAAGGAUCAUCUGGGUCCGCUGGGUGCUUUGGAGUCGUGGCUUCGAGCUGAUCGUCACGGCCCAAAAGCACCGUACAUUACGGAUGAAGAAAGACAUGUCCAUCGCCAGAUAAUGCAAGGGAGUUACCGAUCCGCACUGCAGUGGUAUCAUGUGUUGGUCAACAAUCUCAACGAAGAAGACGAGACAGUCUCGGAUCUCCCUGCAGCGAAGCUUACGGUCCCAACUCUGAUGGUGUCUCCCGUGCAGGUCGAGGGAGCACAGCCAGACAUGGAUGCAACUGCAUGCCAAGAAGCGGCCCUGUUCACUGCCAAAAAGGUCAGUGCAUCCGGCCAUUGGUUGCAACUGGAGGCGAGAGACGAGGUUAAUGUCGCUCUGGAGGAAUUUUGGAAUUCGUUAUGA